CUUAGCGCCAUAAUUUGAAAGUCGUUGAUACAUGAUCAGGCCUGAAUUCUUUUGGCAUUUGGCUCAUGAAAGAGGAAAUAGCAGAUAGUGGAUACUUGAAAAUGGCAACAACACUUGAAGAUCCAUCACUGGAGCGGCACUUCCGGGGCCACCGCGACACAAUCACUGCAGUUGACUUCAGUCCCAACAUGACACAGCUAGCCUCUGGGUCCAUGGAUUCAUGUCUGAUGGUGUGGAAUUUCAAGCCGAAAAUGAGGGCUUACAGAUUUGUUGGCCACAAGGAUGCAGUCAUGUCAGUGCAGUUUUCCCCAUCCGGUCACCUUGUAGCUUCAUCCUCCAGGGACAAGACCGUCAGACUCUGGAUACCAAGUGUGAAAGGGGAAUCAACUGUAUUCAAAGCUCACACCGCUACUGUACGUAGUGUGGACUUCUCCAGUGAUGGGCAGACUCUGUGUACAGCAUCGGACGACAAGACAGUCAAGCUGUGGACUGUUCACCGCCAGAAGUUCAUCUUCUCCCUUACACAACACAUGAACUGGGUGCGCUGUGCCAGGUUUUCCCCGGACAAUCGGUUGCUGGUGUCCGGAAGUGAUGACAAGACAGUCCGGCUGUGGGACAGACAGAGCAAGGAGUGUGUCCACACUUUCUAUGAAACUGGAGGGUUUGUGAACCACGUGGAGUUCCACCCGAGCGGCACCUGUAUCGCCUCAGCCAGCACUGAUGGAGGAGUCAAAGUAUGGGACAUCAGGAUGAACAAGAUACUGCAGAACCAUGUUGCUCACACUGCCGCCGUCAACAGCCUGUCCUUCCACUCCAGUGGCAACUACCUCCUCACUGGUUCUGACGAUGCCACGGUCAAGAUAUUCGACCUGUUGGAGGGCAGGAUCUUCUACACUCUACACGGCCAUCAGGGCCCAGUGACUGCCGUGGCAUUCUCAAGAAAUGGGGAGUAUUUCUCAACAGGCGGUGCAGAUGAACAGGUGCUGGCCUGGAAGACCAACUUUGACCAGAUAGACUUCAACCAGGCCUUGCCCCCUAGACGAGGCACUGCACCCCCCACAGUUGAAGAUAUACCACCACGGUCACAGAGGAAAUCCCCGAGACGGCUUGAUGCACGGUCUGAGGUUCGCUGCAUGGCAGACGAGGACCCGGGGGUCACUGAUGUGGGCCCCGCCCUCUUCUCCUCACAGCCCACUCUGUCUAAUGGUGUGUCAGAUCACUUCCACUCGGACUAUGACAUGGCCUCUGCCGCGGACACAUCACAACGCUCCCGGGAGUACACGUCAGUCACACAGCCCCUGGAGUCUAAGUCUAUUCCUCCACAGCUCACCCAGUUCAUGGAGAAGAUUGCAGGCCAGCUGGACAUACUCACCCAGACGGUGUCUUUGCUGGAGCAUUUACUCCUGUACAAGCUCUGACUCCACGAUGACAGGAGAACAAGUCUGACGG